UCAAACACCAAGUAUUUAGUUUACCACCGACUGUCUUCCGACUUACUAAAACGUUUCACCGCGCGGUACACGUGUUAUGAAAGACUUCUAGUUUAAUAAACUGCUUUCACGAUGGCUGAGUACAAAAUCAGAAAUAGGCAAGAAAGCACAGAUAGCCUCGACUCGACUGCAACCACAGAGGAAUAUUCAGAAGACGAAAAGGAUAAAUAUGAUAUCGACGACUUCAACAUCAUUAAAACUAUCGGAACUGGAACUUUUGGUCGUGUUCUGCUAUGCCGAAAUAAAUCCACAGAUGACUAUGCUGCCAUGAAGAUAUUAUGUUUGUCAGACGUCAUACGACUGAAACAGGUCGAGCACGUGAAAAAUGAAAAAAAUAUCCUACAAGAAAUCAGACAUCCUUUCAUCGUGAACAUGUUAUGGUGCAGUAAAGACGAUGCCUGCAUUUACAUGCUCUUUGAAUACGUCUGCGGAGGAGAACUUUUUUCAUACUUACGAAAUGCCGGACGUUUCAGUGCCACAACAGGCAAUUUCUACACUGCCGAAAUAGUUUCAGCACUCGAAUAUUUGCACUCUAAAAACAUAGUUUAUAGGGACUUGAAACCUGAAAACUUGUUAUUGGAUAAAGAGGGACACUUAAAGAUUACAGAUUUUGGGUUUGCAAAGAAACUGACUGACAGGACGUGGACGUUAUGCGGGACGCCAGAAUACUUGGCACCUGAAAUCAUACAAAGUAAAGGACACAAUAAAGCCGUAGAUUGGUGGGCUUUAGGAGUUCUAAUUUAUGAAAUGUUGGCUGGAUAUCCUCCAUUUUAUGACGAUAAUCCUUUCGGCAUUUACGAAAAAAUACUUAGUGGUAAAAUAGAAUGGCCAAAACAUCUGGAUCCGAUAGCAAAAGAUCUAAUAAAAAAACUUUUAAUACAAGAUAGAACAAAACGAUUAGGUAACAUGAAGAGUGGCGCUGAAGAUAUUAAAAGACACAGGUGGUUUAAAGGCGUAGACUGGCAUGAUGUCCUGAAGCGAAAACUUAUCCCACCUAUUGUUCCUAAAAUUAUGUAUGAUGGGGAUGCUAGCAAUUUUGAUGACUAUCCAGAAAAUGACUGGAAAUCUACCCGGACAUUAGAAGAUGCAGAAUUAAAAUUGUUUGAAGACUUCUGACAAAUGAAUUAAUUUAAGUUUUCACUAUUUGUUUUGAGUGAUCAUACAGACCUAGACUAGGCAUUUCUAAUGCUACAAGUUUUUACGAUUGUGAUAUAUUUACUGAAACGCUUUUUUAUAAGUUUGUACAUACUAGUUACUGUUAAUUUGCUACCAAUUCACUAAUAUCGGAUGUCAUGCAAAAACCCGAGCGAUCAAACGUAGAUAAUUUUAAACUGAUACCUGUUGAUAAUAAAGUUUUAUCUACAGUCUAAA